AUUUCUGACCACCUUCACAAGCUUUGCCAGUCUCCUCUACAUCCCCUCCUACACUGAUAUUGUCCUGCUGGAUAUUGAGAGAUUCACUGAUUGCCUCGACAAGGUCUUUGAUUGUGGCCAUUCUCCACUUGAUAAAGCAAGUUCCUAUGGAUUCAUUACUGAAGGAGCAAUUGAUAAGUUAGCAAAGGAUGAGGAGUUAGACCCCAAGAUGUUUAAGACCCUCUUGAAGUCUUUUUAUUUUGCUGUUCCAGUUCGCACAUCAAAGGUGAAGAGCAAUAAUAUUUUCUUUAUUGAAGCAGAUCGUUCGUUCUACAUUCCCAGCAUGCGUCCUACAAAAGCAACCAAUGGCCCUAAGUUCCAUUCUCUCUACCUCCAGUACAUAUCAUGUGUGUCCGGUAAUACAGUUCUUUUGGUUCAUCAUUUCCUCAAGUACAGCAAUUGCUUCCUUGUCCCUUACCUACACAUCAAUGCCUCGAUAAUCAGGAUACACCACAGUAAAGAGAAGCACAUUGAUGUUACCAUAAUCGACCAUAAAGAUGUUGUGGAGCUGAGAUUGGAACAUGGUCGUUCAACUGCAUGAAGCAUACAAAGCAGCUUUCCCAUUGGUAGUCAAAGCAUGCACUGCUGCCAUGGAAGAUGUCAAGAAGUCAGUCGAUGAUUUAGAGUAUUAUUUUUUGCUGCGUUGUACUGAGAGUGAUGAUCACCAGUUCAUCUAUCACAGAAUGGAAAAUAACGAGGACACUUCAUGCAAAAAAUACAGUGAAGUUGAGCCCAGUGAUUCUUAUCCUGUUUCCUUACGGGAACACACAAAAUCAUCUGUUUCUAAAAUGCUUAUUGAAAGUGAUGGAAAAGAAUUACAGACAAUGAAAGAUUCCUUGGAGCUGGCUAGUCUUGCAGUGAAGCUAUCUCAAGAGUUUGUAGAUGAUGAGAGUCAGUUGAGUUUGUUGAGACGGUUAAAAGUAGAGCGAGAAGUUUGGGAUGAUAUCAAAGUCAAGACUGGUGGUGGGUGGAUGGCAUUUGCAGUGUUGCUUGAUCAGUGGAUGAAGAAGUCCAAAAAAUCAAAGGAUGAGCUUCUGGAAGAGCUCCAUGUAUUUUUAUAAUUAUUUUAAUAAUUCCUUUUAAAUAUUUAUAUUUUGUAACAAGAGCAGAGUGCAUCAGUAAUUAUCAGUUAUUUGCAAUGGAUAUUAUACAUACUUGCAAAUCACUUCACACAAAUUUUAAUAGUAUAUUAUAGUUUGUUGCUGUUAAUGUGUCAAAUUUUUUAGCAUUUUUUGCAGUGUCUGUAAUGUCAUUGUUAUAUAGAGGGAUAAUAAGA